AUGGAAAGUGAAAUAAAAAUAUGGAAUGUUAGUGAAGGAAUUAGUGUUAUAGCGAAUAGACUACGCAACAAAAAGGUUCUUAUUGUUCUUGAUGAUGUGGAUGGACAAGAACAACUUGAAGCACUAGCAGGGAAACAUGAUUGGUUUGGUCUUGGGAGUCGAAUUAUUGUAACAAGUAGAGAUAUCCAUUUGUUGAGAAGGCAUGGAGUGGAAGACGUAUAUACACCUAAAGGAUUGAAUGAUGAUGAAGCUUUGGAGCUUUUUAGUUGGAGGGCUUUCAAGAAACCUCAUCUUGAAGAAAAUUAUGUAGAUUUGUCUAGAGAUUUUGUGAGUUAUGCUAAUGGUCUUCCUUUAGCUCUUAGCAUUUUAGGUUCUUUAUUGUUUGGUAAAAGAACUAAUGCAAGGAGAAGUGCUCGUGAUAAACUAAGAGCAGAAUCUAAUAGAGACAUUUUGAAUAUACUUCAAAUAAGUUUUGAUGGGCUAACGGAUACACAGAAAGAAUUGUUUUUAGAUAUUGCAUGUUUCUUCAAAGGGGAGAAAAAAGAUUGCAUAAGAGAUAUACUAGAAAGUUUUGGUUACCACCCAAACUACAAUAUUGAUGUCCUCAUGGAAAAAUCUCUCAUAACCAUUGAUAAAUGUGGAACCUUGUGUAUGCAUGAUUUACUCCAACAAAUGGGUCAAGAAAUUGUUCAUCGUGAGUCUCCUAAAGAGCCGGGUGGACGUAGUAGAUUGUGGAUAUAUGAGGAUGUCGUUCGAGCAUUGAAGAAUAAUAUUGGAACAGAGAAUUUAAAUGAGUUAAGACUCAUUGACCUAAGUGACUCCCAAAAUUUGAUUGAGAUGCCAAACCUUAGCGGAGCCCCAAAGCUUAAGCAAUUGAUUCUUAGCAAUUGUACAAGACUAUAUAAGAUUCAUGCAUCUCUUGGAGAUCUCAAACAGCUUAUUAUAUUGGAUCUGAGUGGUUGCAAAAGUCUCGAAAGCCUUCCACAAAAUAUCAGUUUGGAAGCACUUGAAAUUUUCAAUCUUGGUGGUUGUUCAAGACUGAAGAAGUUUCCAAAAAUUGUAGGAAAUAUGCCACGUUUGCCAAAACUUUGUUUGAGUGGGACUGCUAUAAAAGAUUUAUCAUUAUCAACAGACCAUUUAACUGGCGUUAUCAAAAUGGAUCUAAGAUAUUGCAAAAUCCUUUCAAGUCUUUCAAAUGGUUGUUGUUUGACGUCUUUAAAAAUUCUCAAUUUAACUGGCUGCUCACAACUUAAUGAAUUGCCAGAGAAUUUGGGGAACAUUAAAGGUCUGGAGAAGCUAUUGAGAGAUGAAGACUAUGGAAUUGCUAUUCCUGGAGGAGAAAUUCCGAAAUGGUUUAUCGAUCAAAGUGUGGGGAAUUCAAUGAAUUUGCAAGUACCUUCAGAUUUAAGUAAUAAAUUGAUGGGAGUCGCAAUGUGUGUAGUUUUUGUACUCCGCCAACAUCAUUCACUUCACCAACUUUAUUUGCUUUGGUGUUACUUGAAAGCCAACAGGUAUCGAGCUCCCGAGGGAUUGAACUUUCAUUUCGCGGAAACAUUUGGUAAGAUUGAAUCAUAUCACCUUUUGCAAGGAUACUUUCCCUAUAAAUCAUUCGAUCGACCAUUGAAAGAAAAUUUGAGUCAAACAAAUGUUGAUGGAUUUAGUCAAAUUGGGAUUGAAUUUAUUACCCAAGGUCCAGGAUUAAAGGUUACAAAAUGUGGGGGCCAUUUGAUAUUUGAGCAAGACAUUGAAGAUCUAAACCGAACUAUGCUUGGGUGUAGCAUCACUCCUUAUGAGGAUGAUUUCAAAGACUUAGCAAAAGAUACCAAAACUAAGCGAAGCCAUGAUGACAAUGACAGGGAUGAGGCUGGAACCAGUGGAGAAUGUACCUCUAAUGAGGUAGAUGUACCACAUCCAAAAAGGAUAAAGCUCUCUAAUCUAAUUGAAAGAUUAAUUCCGUGCUUGGGAAAUUGGAUUUGGAAUUUAGGCACACAAGGACAAGGCAACUCUGAUUGUAAAAAAAAGGAAUCCCAGUGA